UGGUGGGACACGACCAGUUGCUUGUUCUUACAUUACUAAAACAACACAAGUGACAGCAACCACUGGCGUGAUCACAAGACGUAUAAAUUGGAAUGUCUCCCUAAGUGAACGUCAGUCUACGUCGGGUGCCAACUCAGAUUUAUCCUUUGUAUCGAGCAAGAUUCCAUCGGAUACAGCAGUUAUGUUUCUUAGGGGCCUCCUGCUCUUGUGUUUGGUGGAGAUAGCUGUCAUCGCCAGUGCUGCACAUCUCUUCAGAAGACAGGCCACGCCCAAGGUUGUGGAGUUUUGCAAAGGUUCCAAAUCUAUCUUAGUGGACAUUGACGAGCAGACCUCUGGAGUCGUACGUAGCAACAACUACAGCAUCAGCGACUACAAGAACUACACUAAAUGCAACAUCGUAUUUAAAACUCAAACCAAACCUUUGGUCAUUAGCGUCACAUUUAGUUCUUUUGACGUUGAGUUCCAGAAUACUUCCUGUUCGUACGACAAACUCUGUCUGAACAAUGUCAACUAUUGUGGCAACUGGACGACUGGAAGGACAUUUGAUUUUCCGGUGCCUGCUAACAGCACUUGGACAUUAAACUUUGUGACAGAUUUACAAACUUCGAAUCGUGGUUUUGAACUUCUUGUGUCCGCGAAAUCUUACAAUGGCUCCAACAUCACGUUUCCUUACGCUGGCGUAGGCUCUGAAUUAGCCAAGGUCAGAUUCGCAACUUAUAACUCUUCCAGCCUGGGCAACUACACUGAUAAGUGUAAGAAGGCGAUUGAAGCCGAUUUAGCUUACUACUUAUUUAAAGCCCCGAACGCCACCUCCUCACCAUGGAUCAACACAACAACUACCACUGUUCGUCCGGUGAAUACCAAUGUCUCAGCUAGCAACAACACUACAGUUAAGCCUUUAAACGCUACAGCUGCCCCUGUUAAUACUACAACUGCCCCCGUCAACACCACCACUGUCAAACCUUUAAAUACUACAAUUGCUCCAGUCAACACCACCACUGUCAAACCUUUAAAUACUACAACUGCCCCCGUCAACACCACCACUGCCAAACCUUUGAACACUACAACUGCCCCAGUCAACACUACAACUGCCCCAGUCAACACCACCACUGUCAAGCCAUUAAACACUACAACUGCCCCAGUCAACACUACAAUUGCUCCAGUCAACACCACCACUGUCAAACCUUUGAACACUACAACUGCCCCAGUCAAUACCACCACUGUCAAACCUUUGAACACUACAACUGCCCCAGUCAACACUACAAUUGCUCCAGUCAACACCACAACUGUCAAACCUUUGAACACUACAACUGCCCCAGUCAACACCACCACUGUCAAACCUUUGAACACUACAACUGCCCCAGUCAACACUACAAUUGCUCCAGUCAACACCACCACUGUCAAACCUUUGAACACUACAACUGCCCCAGUCAACACUACAAUUGCUCCAGUCAACACCACCACUGUCAAACCUUUGAACACUACAACUGCCCCAGUCAACACAACUACCACAAAAUCACCCACCAACGCAACACAAGCUGUGGGUAAGCGUCAGGUCUUCUCUUCCAGCACACGUUGGCCAAGCUUCAGUCCAUUAAGACCCUUGCCAACCUACAGGCCAAGAAUCACCCCCACAAGAUAUUACAAGAAACCAAGAUAUCCAUCAAAAAAAUAAAACAUCAAUGUCUCGUCUAUCUUUUCUAUGUUAAGAGUAACAAACAAAACCUUUCCGUAAACCAUUUACUUCAUUUGGACUUUAAAUAAGAAUGGUUAAGUCAAUUGGUUAUAUACAUUGUGAACUGUCUGGAUUCAGAUCUGUGAUAUUAAAAAAGUCUUUGAAUUAAUUAUGCUCUAAAACUAUUUAUAAAACGAAGAUUGAAAUAAAGAUUACAUUUAGAAAGCAACUAAAAGACAA